AUGCUAAAGUUAUUGUCUGUAUUGGGCUUGCUGCACUCCCUACUGGAACCACUAGACGGCACGAAACUGUCUUUUAACGCCUGCAAUGAGCCUAACACUUCCACAGCGCUCUUGCAAAUAAUCAGUGGUCUGCGACCACCAUCUCUGGCCGUAUUGGCGCUCCCCAACUCCAUCCUUUUUGACGAAAGCUGUCACACCGAUCGCCGCAUUUCUGUGAAUGAUUUUCUACAGCGACUACAUCGCACUUUCUAUAAAUCGGUGAUAUUUAACGACACGGAUGACUUUUUGCAGCACAUUGAAACCAAACUCCAAGGCGCCAACGAAUGCGUCAGCCUGAUUUUUGACGAGCCCAUGAAGCUGUUGGACCACCUCUACGAGCGACGUAUAGCCCACCGCCUCAGCUUGUUUAUCUUUUAUUGGGGAGCCCGCCGGCCACCCAGCUCCCGAAUCGUUAGUUUUAGGGAGCCCUUACGAGCGGUGGUGAUAACUCGUCCCCGCCAGGAAGCCUUCCGCAUCUACUACAACCAGGCCAGGCCCUGCAGCGACAGUCAGCUGCAGCUGGUAAACUGGUAUGACGGCGAUAACCUUGGCCUGCAACGGAUCCCCCUUCUCCCAACUGCAGCAUCCGUAUACGCCAACUUUGAGGGUCGUAUUUUCCGAAUACCAGUAUUUCAUUCUCCGCCGUGGUUUUGGGUCACCUAUAACAAUAAUAGUCACGAAGAGAACGAAUUCCAAGUAACGGGUGGUCGCGAUCACCGCCUACUUAAGCUACUAGCUAAGCAUAUGAACUUUCGGUUUAAGUACAUGGAAGCUCCCGGUCGAACCCAAGGAUCAAUAAGGUCCGACGAUGCUAGGGAGUCGAAUGACAGUUUUACCGGUGGCAUUGGAAUGUUGCAAAGUAGACAAGCAGACUUUUUCUUGGGUGACGUCGGCCUCAGCUGGGAGCGCCGAAAAGCCAUUGAGUUCUCGUUUUUCACCCUGGCCGACUCAGGAGCUUUCGCCACACAUGCCCCCAGACGCCUUAGCGAGGCGUUAGCAAUUAUGCGUCCUUUAAAGCCAGACAUUUGGCCAUAUUUGAUCCUUACGAUAGUCUUCUCUGGCCCAAUUUUCUACGGCAUUAUCGCUAUGCCUUAUAUCUGGCGUCGACGUUGGGACAACCCAGACGUGGAGCAUUUCACAAAAAAUCAUUUCUAUACUUCAUACAUAUUGGAAAUUACCCCGCGCGUAUUAAAGAAUAAGCCAAUGAGAAUCCCAUCUGCACAGCAGAUGCACAAGCAACUAUUUGAAAGGUGCAUCUGGUUCUCUUUACGCUUGUUCUUAAAACAAUUUAAAAAACUAAAGCUACAGAAAAUGGGCAGCUAUAGCUACUAA